CAUUUACUCUUUGUUUUUUGUUUUUCAAGAAUUCUCCAAGAUUAUAUCAUCAAGACUUUAGCUAGCCUCAGCUUGUAUGGUAGAUUAUUACAUUUCUUAUCAACAAUAUCAUCUUCAUCUUCAUCACUCUCAAUAUCAUUCUCAUUCUCAUUGAUAAUAAUGCAUAAGAAUAUAGAUUUAUCAUUAAAUCUAUUAAAAACUAAUCAUUUUCAAUCAACUUCAACUUCAAAUUCAAAUUCAACACCAAAUUCAAAAUCCAAAUUACAAUCCACCACCACCAACUUACUAAAUUCGAUAAUCAAAAACCAUCAAAACAAAUCUAACAAUCCAACACCUUCUACUGCUUCUACUAAUCUAUCAAUCAAACAUGGUGAAGAUUUAAAUAAUUUCAUUUGGGAUUAUAUACCACCAAGAAGUUCAAAUUCGAAUCAAAAAUCACCUGAUUAUGAUUAUGAAAAACGAUUAAAAGAAAUCGUUAAGAUAUAUAAUCCACUUUUGAAACCAUCACUUCGAACUAGAAAUUCAACUUCAAGAACAGAUCAACUAUCAUCAUCAAAGAAAAAUUCAUAUCAUCAUCAUGAACAACAACAACAAACGCAACAGCAACAGCAAGAACAGGAAGAAGAAUCGAUGAUACCUAGAUCAGCACCCUUACCUAGACUCAAUCAAUCACCACAUCAUCAUCAUCAUCAUCCAAUAGUCUCAUCGAUCCCAAAACAUUUAAAACCUAGAACCACUUAUCAAUUACAAAUACCCAAAUCAAACCAAAAUCAAAAGAUCUCAUCCCAUCCCACUUCUUCAUCUUCUGAUCAUUCUUCAUCUUCUUCUGAUUAUUCUAUUCAAUCUAAUUUGAAAUUAUCAUUAAAUAGACCUAGAUCAUAUUCUACACCACCUGAACCGAUAAACAAUCAACAUGAUCAUUUAGAUUUCACUUCGAAUCCGACUUUACAACAAAUCACUGAAUCAGAUCAUUUCAAUUUAAAUCCAUCAAACUAUCAUCAUCAUCAAGUGAUCAAUGAACAUUCAAUCAACAAACUACCAUCAUCCAAACCUACUUCAGAUUAUUCUUCAACACCUAUCACACCUAAAGUAAUUCGAACAGCCGGUAGUAGUACCUCAUCAUCCAAUACCACCACCACCACCUCAACAUCUACCGAAUUCAAAGUCUUACCUAGAAUAGGCCCUAAACCUAAUCAAAUCAAUUUAGUUCAAGAAAACGAAGUAGAAGAUCAAACAGAAGAUGAAGAAGAGGAUGAAAUGGGACAAGAAGCUAAAGAUCAAGAAUAUAAACAAGUGAUUUUGGAAAGAUUACCGGUUAGAACUUCGUCGAUUCAAGAAUCCAAUCCUUCACUUUCUCGUCCUAAAUCUGGUAGAGUUAAGAUUGCAAAAGAAGAUUAUGUGAUCUUUAAUAAAUCGAAUUUGAAUCCUACUACUACUACUCAUAAUGGCGUCUAA